AUGAUUGGCUCAACGGUUACGAAAACUGAACUGGAGCAAUUACAGUUUGAUGCCGAAAGUCAAUACGAGACAACUGAAGACAUAUACCUAGAAUUUAAGGGAUUAUUAAAGGACUAUUUGUUGGAAUUUUCGAAAGGUCAAGGUCAACCACAAUCAAAUAAUAGUAUGCAGAGUUUAUUAGCAACAAAUGAUGGCGAGACCACCCCGAUUAGAACUAAGUUACCUCCUUUAUCGAUUCCAAAGUUCGACGGUAAUUAUAACGACUGGAUAAGUUUUAAAGAUUUGUUUAAGGCUCUCGUACAUGACAACCUGCAUCUAACAACCAUUGAAAAACAUCAUUAUUUAAAAACGAGUUUAUCGGGAGAGGCGGAACAACUUCUAAAACAUUUUGCACUCACGGAGGCUAAUUACGAUAAGGCUUGGAGCACACUUGAGAGUAGAUACAAUAACAAACGUAUGAUUGUUACCACAAUAAUUAGCCGCCUGUUAAAUCAAAAGAAGAUGAACACAGAAUGUUUUAAAAGCUUAAAGGAAAUUUUAGACACUACAAAGGAAUGUUUGAACUCUCUUGACAAUCUCGGAGUGGAUACCUCCACAUGGGAUGCAAUUAUCGUACAUUUAGUUGUAUCCAAAUUAGACUUAGAAACACACAAACAAUGGGAACAGUCACUUGGAUCAUCUCAAGACAUACCCACAUUUACUAUUUUGUCAUCAUUUUUAGAAAAUCGAUUCCGUUCUAUGGAGAUGGUAAAUGUCACCCAUAAAAAAGACCAACCGCAGAAAAAGGACAUAGUCAAAAAUUAUACAACUCAAAGACCGACAAAUAUAAAGUCAUUUGUCACAGAAGUAAGCACCAAAUGCACUUAUUGCUCACAGAACCAUUACAUUUGUCAUUGCAAAGAAUUCACCGCAUUAAAUGUUCCUCAACGUCAGGAUUUUAUUAAGAAGAAUGGCAUCUGUUUUAAUUGCCUUGUAAAGGGUCACUCAGUUAAUGCGUGUAGGCAGAGCACCACUUGUAGAAAAUGUAGUCGACGACAUCACACUCUGCUGCACUUCACAAACCCUAACAAGAUCACAUCAGAGCCGGAAAGCGAUGCAGCACUACACAAUCCUGAAACAAGCCAAAGCACAUCAACCGUCGCUUAUAAAGUUGAGGUUGACAAUAACAGUGAGGAAGUAAUAUUGGCAACCGCACGGAUUGCAGUUAAGUCGAGGAAUGGCGACACGAUGAUUUUGAGAGCAUUGAUUGAUCCGUGUUCGCAAUCAAACUUUGUUACUGAAGCGGCAGCUCAACUGCUCAAUCUCGAGCGCACUUCAGUCAGCGGAAAAAUUACGGGCAUAUCAUCUAUACCGCUGACAACCAAGUCACAAGUUACGUUGAACUUUCAUGCUAUAAGAGAUCCACCACACAUGAUCACAGCUAAGGCGUACGUCCUUAGACGAAUAAAUUCGAGAUUACCAUCACAAGAGCUCCCAUCCGAUACCUGGCCUUCUUCUGAGAUUUCGGAUCUUGCGGAUCCACACUUUCACAAGCCAGCAUCUAUCGAUGUACUAUUAGGCGCAGUUGUAUAUUCACAUAUUAUUCUUGACGGAAUAAUAAAACGUAAUGAGUCUCUGAUCGCUUUAAACUCAAGAUUGGGUUGGCUUGUAAGCGGCGAAGUUACGCAGUCUGGUCAUAAGUCACACAAGGUAGCUGUUAUGCACACACAAGUUGAAGUCGAUCAGUUGCUACGUCAGUUUUGGGAGAUCAAUGAAUAUUCACCAAAUGUGAAGCCUCUGUCAAAAUCUGAAAUACAGUGUGAAGAGCAUUUUAAGAUAACACACACUCGAAACACUGAUGGUCGAUAUGAGCUUCGCUUACCCUUCAAGGACGAAGGCGCUCCGAACUUAGGCAACUCCAGACAGCUUGCCUUGAAGCGCUUACAUCAGAUGGAGAAUAAGUUUAAGCGAAGACCCAAGUUUCAUGAAGAAUACUGCAAGUUCAUGAGGCAAUAUGAGUCACUCGGUCACAUGGAGGUCGUCCCUGAAACAGAGAAGCAGAAUAGAGCUUAUUACCUUCCACAUCAUGCUGUUCUUCGUGAAUCGAGCCUCACUACAAAGUUGCGCGUAGUUUUUGACGGAAGCGCGAAACCUGUAAACGGAAAUUCACUUAACGAUGAGCUACUCAUCGGCCCACCGCUGCAACAAGAUAUACGAGAUUUGGUAACACGGUGGAGACAACAUAAGUAUUGCCUAGUAGCCGAUAUACAACAAAUGUACCGACAGAUACUUAUCUCGAAGCAAGACACAGAUUACCAGAGAAUCUUGUGGCGUGAGUCAUCGGAAGAUCUGAUUAAAGAAUAUCGGUUACUUACCGUCACAUAUGGCAGCUCAUGUGCUCCAUAUCUUGCUAUAAGGACACUUCAUCAACUUGCCGACGAUGAACGUCGAGAGUUUCCUGAAGCUGAACUUCUUAAAACUGAUCUUUAUAUGGACGAUUUGAUGACGGGCUCAUCUACAGAAGAAGAAACUCAACUGCUUCAACGUCGCCUAACUGAACUGUUUAAACGUGGCGGUUUUCUUCUACAUAAGUGGUCGUCUAAUAGUGAUGCGGUUUUAAAUGAGAUUCCCGAUUCGCAAAAAGCCUUAAAAAGUUCAGUGAAUAUUAAAAUGGAUGAUUCGGUGAAAGCUCUGGGCAUAGCCUGGAAACCACAAAGUGAUGUAUUUGAACUGGUAGUUAACUUAUCUCAUGACAACGACGUUGUUACGAAACGAAGUGUGCUAUCUGCGAUGGCAAAAACAUUUGACCCUCUGGGUUGGCUAGCACCUUGCGUGGUUGUGUUUAAAAUGUUUAUGCAGAAGUUGUGGCUAGCCGGCCUGGACUGGGACUCAGAACUUCCCGAAGACCUGAAAACUGAAUGGCAGAAUUACCUGACUAAUUUUGAACAUAUGCAGUCCAUUCAGCUUCCACGUUGGUUAGGAAUUGCUAACAAUGUAAAAAUUGAAUUGCACGGCUUUUGUGACGCCUCUAGUGCCGCCUACGCUGCGGUUAUUUACAUCAGAGUCAUCACGGACAAUGAGAUAAAAGUGAGGCUGGUCGCAGCCAAAACAAAAGUCGCUCCCGUUAAACAGAUCUCAUUGCCUCGUCUUGAACUUUGUGCGGCAGUCCUAUUGUCUAAAUUGAUACCAUCUGUCAAAUCUAGUUUAAAUAUUGAUGAUAAUUCUGUAUUUGCCUGGACAGAUUCCACAAUAGUUUUGGCUUGGUUGCGUAAAACUCCGAAUACUUGGAAGCCAUUCGUUGGUAAUCGCACUACCGAAAUCUUAAAUGUUACGAAUAGUAGUCAAUGGCAUCACAUUAAGUCUGCGGAUAAUCCCUCGGACUGCGCCUCACGUGGUAUCAGUCCUGCCGAGCUGAAGCAGUCACAACUAUGGUGGAAAGGUCCAACCUUUCUUCGCGAGUCUGUUGAGAUUUGUUACCCUAAUUUCACUAUACCUGAAACCACACUUGAAGCAAAACCGAGAGCAAAGUCAGUUUAUUUUGAAAGUGAAAUAGAAUUGUUAUCACAGGGUAAGCCUAUUCCAAAAAAUAGUAAACUCUUACCUUUGAAUCCAAUUCUAGACAGUGAGAAAAUUAUUAGAGUCGGUGGACGUCUUGUAAAUGCUCAAAUACCACCUGAUAUGAAGUCUCCUAUAAUUUUACAUCACAAAUGCGCGUCCAAAGAAUUAGACCUCGCGUUCAAAAACAGCAAAUCAACUGUUGUUGACGAAAUUGCCCAACUGUUGGCUAACGACAGCACAACUUGGCAUUUCAUCCCUCCUGGUGCCCCUCACUUUGGAGGAUUGUGGGAGGCAGGAGUUAAAUCCGUAAAGGGACAUCUGAAACGCGUCGUAGGCGAAUCCUGCUUAACAUUCGAAGAGUUUGGCACUCUGAUCACGCAAGUCGAGGUAAAUGGCUUUUGGGACGAAUUGUGGCGAAGCAUCCGGGAGCAGACGGUGUAA